ACGGACGACAGCGGGCGGGCGGCCGGCAGCAUGGAGCGCCGGCCCGGGGCCGGGGGGCGCGGGCCGCGGCGCACUUCCCACUGCACAGUAUGGAGGCCUGUAGCUGCAAGGUUCCCCAGGGCUCGGCUCGGACCGCGAUGGGGCUGGGCCGCAGCCUCCUAACAGCCUGUCGUCUGGGGCGGUGUGGCCCUGGGGGACGCCCUCCCCGCCGCCCGCGUCUCGGAGCUCCCCCGCCCCUUCCCCGCCCGGCGUGGCCCGGCCCGGUGCCUGGCGCCCGCCAUGAACGGCCUGUCCGUGAGCGAGCUGUGCUGCCUCUUCUGCUGUCCGCCAUGCCCCGGCCGCAUCGCUGCCAAGCUCGCCUUCCUGCCCCCGGAGGCCACCUAUUCCCUGGUGCCCGAGCCCGAGCCCGGCCCCGGAACAGCCGGGGCCUCCUCCCUGGGGACCCUGCGGUCCUCCUCGGCCGGCGGCACGCCCAAGCGCUGGAAGCUGCACCUGACGGAGCGCGCCGACUUCCAGUAUGGCCAGCGUGAGCUUGACACCAUUGAGGUCUUCCUGACCAAGAGUGUGCGUGGCAACCGGGUUGCUUGCAUGUACGUGCGCUGCGUGCCAGCUGCCAGGUAUACGGUCCUCUUCUCGCACGGCAACGCAGUGGACCUGGGCCAGAUGAGCAGCUUCUACCUGGGCCUGGGCACUCGCAUCGGCUGCAACAUCUUCUCCUACGACUACUCUGGCUACGGCGCCAGCUCGGGCAAGCCCUCCGAGAAGAACCUAUACGCCGAUGUGGACGCUGCCUGGCAGGCCCUGCGAGCCAGGUACGGCAUCAGCCCGGACAGCAUCAUCCUGUACGGCCAGAGCAUCGGCACGGUGCCCACGGUGGACCUGGCCUCGCGCUAUGAGUGCGCCGCCGUGGUGCUGCACUCGCCGCUCACGUCCGGCAUGCGCGUGGCCUUCCCGGACACCAAGAAGACCUACUGCUUCGACGCCUUCCCCAACAUCGAGAAGGUGUCCAAGAUCACGUCCCCCGUGCUCAUCAUCCACGGCACGGAGGACGAGGUGAUCGACUUCUCGCACGGGCUGGCGCUGUACGAGCGCUGCCCCAAGGCCGUGGAGCCGCUGUGGGUGGAGGGCGCCGGGCACAACGACAUCGAGCUGUACAGCCAGUACCUGGAGCGCCUGCGCCACUUCAUCUCCCAGGAGCUGGCCAGCCAGCGCUCCUGAGGCGGCCGCGCCGGGACCUCAGCAAUAACCGGGCCGCCGGCCCGCAGGGCGCCCCCCGGGCCCGGGGCUGCAUGUGGGACCCCGGGCCGGCCGCCCUCGGCUGCUGCGGGCACAGGGCGGGCGGCGGAUCGCGCCCCGGCCCCCGGGGGCCAUGGACAAGGCGGGGCGGCGGAGCUGCUGCUGCUGCUGCUGCUGUUGCGCACGUUCUUUCUCCUUUUCGGAAGCAACAGAAGGAAUACGUGAAGAGGAAUUAAAAGAUUUAAAAUUUUA